AGAGAAAUACAAAACCAUCCACUUGAAUCUCAGACCUCACUUCGCGCAGUAAAUUAACACUCUUCAAUCAACCUAUAAAUCGUCUACAUCCAAUUUAAGCAAUUUAAUUUUUCAAUUUUUUUAGUGUAAAGUUUUUAACUAGAGGUGAUUUAAUUAAUCAAGAUCAUUAAAUAAAAAUCGAAUCAUAUCGAGUAAUAAACAAACAAUCAAUGUUCAAAUUUAAACAGAUAAUUCUGUAUGUUCUAUUAUUUACUUUUUUGGAAGUGAAUGGAGGCAGCAGACAGCUGAUUUACAGCUGUGAGCUAGUUGAGCUUGGAACUGUUUGCAUUUUAGAGUAGUGUUUGGUCUUAUCCGUAUUUCGUUCUGUGCUUAAAUUUAAAUGAAUAAUAGAUCAUUUAUAAGAAGAAAGUCUUUUAAUUUGUAAUUGAAAUCCAAAUUUUACUGUUCAAUGUCAAGGAAAUGAAACUUUGAAGUUGUAAAAUGAUAUUUGAGUCAUAACCUCAAACAUCAUGGUUCUGUUUUACAGUCCAGACAAAUACAGUUUAGCUUAAUUAUAAAUAUUCUAAGUUUUUAAUAUUACAUAACUGUUGGAUUUUAUGGCGUCCGUUCGAAUACCAGAGCAAAAAGUUAUUUUAUGUGGAGAAUUUGGCGUUGGAAAAAGUUCUUUGUUCCGAAGGUAUUCAUUCAACAACUUUGUAUCUUCUAAUAGCAGACAGUCAACUCUAGGUUUGGACCACUUCAAUAAAGAUUACAAUGUUGGUGGGAAAGAAAUAAGAUUGCAGUUAUGGGAUACAGGGGGAAUGGAAAGAGUAGCUUCAAUAACAUCUAGCUAUUAUAAGUUUGCUGAGGCUGCAAUCUUAGUAUUUGCUCUUGACAAUGCCGCUUCUUUUCAUGUACUAUCACAGCACCUGUUGGACAUAGUCUCUUAUGCUGAAAAUGCUAAGAUUUUCCUCUGUGGAAAUAAGUCUGAUCUAGAAGGUCAAACACCACAAGUCACUGAAGCUGACAUGGAAAACUUCUGUGAGCAGUGUCACAACCUGAUCAGUGCCACGUACAAGACAUCGUGUAAGACUGGCGAAGGAGUGGAUGAGAUGUUCGCCGACAUAGCUCAGCAUUUGGUGCAGUCCAAUCGAUCCAGGAUGGAACUUCAGAGUGUUGACAAAGAAUCGUUCAAAAUUUCACCUCCAGAAGAAAUGGGUGAACCAUCAUGUCUUUGCUAGUCAAUUCUUUUCAAUUCAUCAUAUCAAAAUAUGAGGUACAUAAUGUGACUGAAGUAUCAGGUGUAUCAAUUCCUGUGCCAUAGGUUAAGAAGAAACAGCGAACACGAAAUUUAAUUAUUCAUUAUAAAAGAAACAGCAUCUUUCAUACACUAAGAUAAGAGUAAAAGGUUACAAAAACUAUUCAAAAAAUGAUGAACUCGUCACAUACUCAUAACUGACCUCUCCUUCAAUUAUUUGCAAUUAAAUAGUUACAAUGACAUGGGUUCUUUUCACCCCAUCUCUUAUCAAGAGUAAUUUUACGCGGUCCAGUGAUUUUUAUCACCAAUUUUUCAAGAGUUAUUUUGUAGCUCAAUAUUUUUUUAUUGUACAAAAUAUGACUGUAGGAUGCGAAUUUAAGUUAUUUUGUUGCAAUUGGAUAAAAAUAAUAACCAUUAUGGUUUCACUGGUGCUAACAUACGUUAUAUGAUUUCCUUUACUCAAGUUUUAAAUAUUCAUAGCAAGGGUUUGUAGUUUAUCACAUUUUUAUUUUAAUAAAAACUUCGAUUUCCAAAUCUAUUGUAUUAGUUCGUUUAUACCGUAGCUGCAUCUCUCUUUAUAUUAUAGUAUUAUAUGGUUAUUUAGAGUGUAAACUCCAGUUCAGUUAAUUUCAUAAUUAUAAUUUUUGUAUUGUUCUGCAACUUGUAAAAUAAUGUCACGAAGACGUCUAAUUAAACGGGUUAACUGGUGAAGUAUUAUCGAAUUCGAAAGUGCCGCAUUCAAAAGUUGCAUGAAUGUUGGAAUUUUGGGACUUUAUGCAUAGAAUAAAAUUAAUUGAAACUUUAUUUAAGAUGUAAGUAAAAUUACUAGUCAUGUACCGUAGGUAGAUGGACUUUUCUCAUUUUAUCCAGUUUUUCAAUUGACUGAUGUAAGUGUUCUUGUGCACGGAACAAAUUCCUGAUUUUUUAUCAUUUUAGGAACUAUUCCAGUUUUGGUUUAUACGAGACCACAACAUUUAUACCGAUUAGAAAAAGAUAAAAUUGUUAAAGGGUUCAUUACUAGGAGUUCACCAUCAGCCUAUAAAUUGGGCGUUACAUUGACUUCUCUUUUGACUAAAUGUGAAACCUUUCGUUUUAAACCUUUUGGUUUAAAGCGUAUUGUGAUUCUUAUUCAAAUAUCAUUAUUAUACAGUAAUUAUUCAGUUCAAAAAUUUAGAAAUUAAAUUUUAUCAAUUUCUUUUCUUGAGGAACUAAACCUCCAGUCGAUAAAGUUUUCUGUUGUAAUCACCAAGAAAAUAGGGAAUUAAAUUCAGCUAUAAUCAAGAUACAGUAUAUUUGAUAUGAUAUUAUCAAACAGAGAAGGAGGAGUAGAUUUAUUGAAGUUUAAGGAAGAGAAAAAAAAAAUCGAAGAAUAUUAAUGCUAUUGAAGUAUUUGGAAGGUUUAAUGAACAAAUGUUGUAAGAUAUUCGUUAUUGGGCUUUAUUAUCGGAUCUAUAGAUGUUCUGUUGUGAGAAAAACGUGGAUUUCUACUGCAAAAAUCUAUCCAACUAGUCUUGGACAUAACAUCGAAGUUCAUCGAAGUAUUUGUGUGUUAAGUCCUAUUACUCUUCGAUUACGAUUUACUUAUAUUGAUCACCGAUGUACCAUAAUUAUAAUAUACUGUACAUUCAUAUUAUUUUUUAAUCUAUUUCUUUGUGAAUUUGACUUACAUUUCUUGUAUUAUUAUUUUUUAGUAAGAUUCAAUUUAGUAAAACAUCUAGAACGACAAAUCAAAAGUUGAAUAUCAAGGUGAAAAAUUUUAAAGGGAUAAAUAUUAGGUUAUAUUGAUAUUAUUUUUAUUUUAUUUGGUUUUUAGACUAAUCUUGCCAUAAAUUAUUAUUCAUUUGCACUUUAUCUUCAGUUGUAUAAAGUAGAACUAGAACUGAUUCUAAAAGGAGUAAAUAACAUUGAGAAUUUUGCAUUUUAAAAUAUUCAUGUGUCAAUAUCAAUAUUUGUAAUGUUUCCAUUUUCUGAUAUAUUAUAUACACAUUAAACUCUAAACUAGGAACUUGUA